UCUUGUGGUGAGCAGUGUGUAUUUUUGUAGCUUCCCUCGUCUAACCCCCAGCAAACAGGAGUAAAGAGGGAGGGAGAAAGUCAAAGAAGGAAGAGUGCUUGAGUGAUUAUGUGCUAAGGAGGUGCAGUCUGUGUAUAUGUGUGUGUGUGUGUGUGUGUGUGUGUGUGUGUGUAUGUGUGUGGAGAGGUACGCCACACUCUCCCUCUACUUUAAGAGCUUUACCACUUCAGCCAACAUCCUAAAGCGGACCACUCCACCCCUCCUCUCCCCUCUCCUCUGGACCAACGCAUGGACUCCAGCAGCUUGAAAAGAAGGCAGUGAGAAAAGCAAGUUUUCAGAAGAGAGAUAAAUGGUGGGAGGGAAGUCUGUUUUUGGUUUCCUGUACCGAGCUGCAUGUGCUGGCUGUUGGAGUUACAAUAGGAGGCAAGCCCCUUUUCCUGUGUGUGUGUGUUUUCUGUCUGCCCUCACGAGGAACAGCGGGAGCAGGAACUGGCUCAAGAAGACUUCUGGAUGCAACAGCAAAGAGGAGGGCCAGCCAAAAGAGGAGAAGAGAAAGUGAUAAAGCAGAGAAAGGAGCAGCAGGGGUUGGACUGAGAAGACAGCAGGAAGACAGAGUCAGAGUCUUGAGGGACACUUUGGCAAGAGACGGUAAAAGAUAUAGGCAAAGUAGAACACCAGAGGUGGAAGCUCACCUGACCCACUUCUCUGUGCUGCCAGGUGAAGUGACCUUCUUCCUCCCCUCACCUCCCUCCCUCCCCAUUCCCUCUCCUUCCCCUGACAUGGGCCGCCUGCUGGCCCUUACCCUUGCCUACCUGGCCUACCUGCUGGCCACCGCGAUCGGCUCAGAGCGCCAACAGCACCGUGUGCAGCACGGCCCCUGCAGCUACACCUUCAUCCUCCCCGAGGUGGAGCACUGCCAUCCCUUAAAGGACUUCCAGGUCACCAACACCCUCCAGAGGGACUCUCCACCUGAGGCAGUGCCGGAUCCAAGCCAAUCCAAGCCAGGCAAGGCCCAAAAGGAGAGGCCUUCCUGGCAGGAGAGGAAGCUGGAGAGUCUGGAGAGUGCCAUGGAGAAUAACACCCAGUGGCUACAGAAGCUGGAGAACUUCAUCCAGGAGAAUGUGCGCUCUGGGAUGGAGGAAAUGAAGAGAACAGCAGUACACACCCAGACAGCUGCCAUGCUGGAGAUGGGAACCAACCUCCUAAGCCAAUCAGCCGAGCAGACCCGCAAACUGACAGACGUUGAGACCCAGGUUUUAAACCAGACAAGUCGCCUGGAGAUACAGCUGCUUGAGUAUUCGCUCUUCACUAACCGUCUGGAGAAACAUAUUCUCCUGCAGACUCAGGAGAUCUCACGCCUCAGUGAUAAAAACAGUUUUCUGGAAGAGAGGCUCUUAGCGCUGGAGGCACGGUACGGGAGGGAGCUGCAGGGCUUGGAGAGCGAAAAGCAGCAGCUUCAGGAGCUCCUGGAGAGGCAGAGUCGACUGGUCAGUCAGCUCCAGGGUGAACUUGGCAGCUCCACGCUCAACAGCACCUUACUACAGAGACAGCAGGCCGUGCUCGCUGACACUGUUCAGCAGCUGCUGGCUAUGGUCAACCACUGCAAUGAAAUCUCCAACGUGCCCAAGGAGGAACCGCUUAGUUUCAGGGACUGUGCUGAGAUCUUUCGAUCUGGAGUGACAGAAAGUGGACUAUAUAGCAUACGCCUCCCCAACUCCACCCAGACUGUCAAGGUAUUCUGUGAUAUGAAGACUAGAGGUGGCGGCUGGACAGUGCUGCAGCAUCGGAUAAAUGGCUCUGUUGACUUCCAUCGUGGGUGGAAGGACUAUAAAAUGGGCUUUGGAGAGCCAUCUGGGGAACACUGGCUGGGGAAUGAUAUCAUCCACAAGCUGACCAGCUCCCAAGAAUACAGUCUGCACGUCCAGCUAAAAGACAGAGAGGGGAACGAAGCCUUCUCACAUUACGAUCGCUUCUACAUAGAUGGAGAGGACAACAACUACAGCCUUCAUGCCGAGGGCUUCGGCGGGUCAGCUGGACGGACCAGCAGCCUCACCCACACUGGCACCCAGUUUAGCACCAAGGACAGAGACAACGACCGCUGCACCUGCAAGUGCGCCCAACUCGCAUCCGGAGGUUGGUGGUUUGAAGCUUGCGGUCCGUCUAACCUGAAUGGCAUAUAUUACCCAGCAUCUUCCAGUGUGGUUCGCUACAAUGGCAUUAAGUGGUACUACUGGAAGGGUCCAAAUCUGAUGGCUACCAUGACAACCAUGAUGGUCCGCCCGACACACUUCUGAUGCAUGAUGAAGGAAAAGUCACCUCCGAUGUACAUAAUGAAAAAUAUCCAGGAAAUGGUGUAUUUUAGGAGGAAUCAGACUGUUGGUGGUUUCAGCUUCUGGACAUCUUGGAGGUGUGCUUAAGCAACUGCCUGGGGACAUGUGCAUAAUGUCAGUAUAUGACUGUGGUUUCAGUGAUUGAGAAAAUUCCACUGACAAUAUCUAUUCACAAAGGUGUCCAGACUAUAUUUUAAUAAGGAUUGUUGAGGUGAGAUAGGAGAAGGGGGGGUAUGAACUUUUCUACAGAUUACAAAAAAAAACACAGCUGAUCACCUACAAUUAUGCACUUACAUAUGACCAGUUAUUUAACCAAAAAUUAAUUCCAAUUAAUUAACAGAUAAACCUUUAGAGAAAGCAUCACCUAUUUUUAUAUUAAAGUAUAAAAAAUUAUGUUGUGUGUUUGUCUGUUUGCUGUAAAUAUAUUUUUUCCAAGCAAUGUGACCAAACUGCAAUGAUUCACAGACACAGUAUUAUGUAUAAGUUUACACAAAGUCAACUAAUCAACAACACUCUUUACUAUCAAGUCCUAAUUCCACGCUGAAUGUUUUAUUAACUUGGAGCUUUGUGACAUAUGUAAUGUCUGAUACUAAGUUAUGAAUCUCCUAUGCACUGCCCUGGUUGUAACUUUAUCCCUGUGUCAUUGCCCGGCUGUAAAAUAUCAGUACUUCAAUCCAUGCACAAUAUAACAAGAUAACCUACAGUGAAUUCAAUGGUUUACCACUGUCAAUAAAACAACACCAUAAAGAACAGCAACAAUAACAACCCGUGCCCUUUGAUGUAUCUUACAAAGGGCUUUUCAGAAAGGAAUAUCCGUGAUUCUUUCCAGACACACCUCUCGUAAAACUUUAUUUGUGAGAGAUUUGGCUCGUAAAAGUACAUGAUACACUCCUCCUGGUGUGAUUUACUUUCAAAAACUGAAACAUUUUGUAAUAACAUCUGGGAACAAAGUUGUAAAUUCAUUUUUUUACUUUCUUUAAACAAUAAAAUUGUCUUUGGUGCUUAUAAUCCACAGUGCCAGGUGCUUGUUACCAUGUAAGCUACAUAAACUCCAACAAGCUACACUGGAUGAGAACAUCCUACCAUUGAUCUGAUGAAUCAUCCAAGAACACAGGUCCCUGUGGUACCCAUUAGAAAACGGAUGGGUUCCACCUCGACUAACAAUGACCUGGAUGUCCUAGUAUACGCUGGGGACGGCAGCCGUUGCUAACUGGAAGACAGCACUCAAGUACGUGGGCAGGACUUGUCUACUAUGAUGCGUUGCUUUCACUGAAGGUCUCAUUUUCUUUGCUGAACGUAACUCCCAAGUGUGAUUCACUUUGCAACUGCUGCAAAUUUAAUACAACUGCAGAAAUUAGACAAUAAGUGUAAUGAACUGUGCACCAAGCGUUGGUGUUUUGACAUUUUCUGCUGCUCUCGAAAAAUACUUAAGGAGAAAAAUAUUUGGUUUCUGAUUAUGAAAAAAGAAAUACUAAACAAAACAGAAAAUGA